GUUUCUGUGCUCGAGAGGCAGAUAUUUGACUUCCUUGGUUAUCAGUGGGCACCCAUCCUGGCAAAUUUUAUACACAUUAUUAUAGUCAUACUUGGCUUAUUUGGAACCAUCCAGUAUAGACCUCGUUACAUAACAGGAUAUGCUGUCUGGCUGGUCCUUUGGGUUACAUGGAACGUGUUUGUUAUCUGCUUCUAUUUGGAGGCUGGAGACCUUUCAAAG